AUGAAACCGCGUUACAAUUACGCUCUCAUUCUCACACCCACACGCGAGCUCGCGCUACAGAUUAAAAAACACUUUAUGGAUCUGGGCGACAAGUUUGGACUUCAUGUCCUCUGUCUGGUUGGUGGCCAGUAUGUUGAGGACCAGUUUCGCGCUCUUCGCUCGAUUAAGCAUCACAUCAUCAUCGGAACACCAGGCAGGAUAUGUUACCAUUUGGAGAAUUCGAAGGAACUCAUCCUUGGCAAGAUCCGUUACUUGGUCCUGGACGAGGCUGAUCAGAUGCUUGGAGGCAACUUUGAUACACAGCUUGAAUUAAUUCUAUCGAAGCUGCCAACGAAGCGGAAGACCUAUAUGUAUUCGGCCACCAUGACGAGCAGCUUGGAUAAGAUUCAGACCGCUUGUCUUCGAAUGCCUGUGCGACUGGAGACAAGCACCAAGUACACGACAGUUGACAAGUUGGAUCAUGCUUUCGUUUUCUUGCCCGAGCAAAAGCGAGAUGCCUAUGUCGCUAAGUUGUUAACUGAUCUUGAAGACAAUGUGAGUUCCGUAGUAUAUGAUGUGCUCGUUAGUAUUUUUUGA